AUGGGAGCUGAGGAACUGGAGCCACCAGCCUUGAGUGUUAUCAUGCCGAGCUUCUGCCUCUGGGGAUACAGUCAGUUGGAAGAAGUUCAACCCCAGAGAACAGGCUGCCAUUCUCAUGACAGAUUGCUUGUCAAAUGCAGGGACGUCCCUGACCCGAAAGCAAGAAGGAAAGUCAUCCCAGAGACUGGCGACACAGAGCAGGCAAGGGACAAACUGGAGCAGGGCUCCAAGACAAGCCAGAUAAAGUUCAUUCUCUCCAGGACUGUGGAGGAGAAGUGGGAGGGAGGUGAAGGGGGAGAAGAAAGGGGAAAGGGCGUCUCAGGGGAUUACAGCAAACGUGUGUACCAGGGCGUGAGAGUGAAGCACACCGUCAAAGACCUCCUGGCAGAAAAGCGAUCCAGGCAGACAAGUAACUCCAGACUCAACGGCAGUGUCAGCUCCUCCCAGCCUCCGUUUGUCCAGAUGCCAGGAUCACCAGUCAUGUCAGGUUACUACGGUGUCAGGAGAUCGUUCCUGUCUGAUUCCGACUUCCAUACCAGCAAGCAGUUCUCAAAUGACCUCUACACCUCCAGCAUGACUAAGCCCUUUACCUGUGAGUCCUCAGCUGGGCAGAGUCACACAGGCCUGCUGGAGUCCUACCUGGCAGAGCCCUAUGGAGACUACCGCCCACCAGCGCUAACCUCCACACCGAGUUCGCUGUUCAGCACCUCAACUCUGCCACCGCUCCUGCCACCUCCGUUCCCCAACGAUCCAACUCACUUUGUGUUUAGAGACUCCUGGGAACAGACAGUGUCGGAUGGACUCAGUCAGCCAGACCCUGUGCCUGCCGAUGCCCUGCAGACCCUGCCACCCAGCACCAGUUGCCUCUCCCAGUUGGAGUCAGGAAGCAGCACCCAACACAGGAGCAUGGGAUGGGGGGCAUCCCUUCCUGGAGCUCAACCCUACUCGCUGCAUGCAUUGGAAGAUCUGCACCACACGCCAGGGUACCCCGCCCCAUCUUCAUACCCCUUCACUUCUUUCAUGACAGUGUCAAGUGACCUCCAACCCAAGGUGGUGCCCCUCUCCCCAGAGGAGGGCUCAGACGCAUCUUCCCUUCAUGAUCCUUCACCUUGGACGAAAGAAGAUGGCAGCAUGGCCUGGGGCUCUUACGAAUGCCGGAGAGCUUACUGAGACAGCAAGCCAGAGGACUUCUUCGUUCUUAUGGAAGUUGGAUUCUGUGUCCACAGAUUCUUCUAGGUGUGCUAGUUCAAUCAGAACUGGAUUUUCAGCUUAAGCCUCAAUUCUGUCCAGUGCUAAUUGACAAUGGCAUUCGUGUCUGCUCAUAUCCACUGUAACACCCCUGCCACUAUAAUGCCCUUGCAAAACACUACAAUGUCAAUCAAAUACUUGGUGGAUCACAUUUUAAUGAGACAAUCUUACAAGAAGGCCACUUUAGAACUUUGGUAACUCAUUUUAUUCUGAAUUUUCUGUUAU